UAGUCUCAUUUCCCCUGACAAUAUAUAAAGAUUGUACUGUAGUUAUCCCCAUCAGAAGCACAAACAGAACACUCAACAUGAAGCUCUUACUCAGCCUCCUUGUUGUUUCAACACUACCUCAAUUGGCUGAGCUACAAGUCCUCCCCACCAGUGCUCCGCAGACAGCCGUGGCUGAGCUAGUCAAGGGCUUACCCUGGAUCUUCUCAGGGGAGAGCGUGCAUCUGAAGUGCAGUGUUCCUGGGAAUGUGUCGGCCGAGUGGAGGUACCGGUGGUUCAGGGGGGGCGAGGAGCUCCAGGAGUCUGAAUACUUUGUCCUCUGGAAGGCCAGGCCACAGCAGAGUGGGAAGUACUACUGCCAGGGCCUAAGAACCACAUGGAUAAACACACAACACACCCUCCACAGCCUGCCUAUAGCAAUAGAGGUGGACGGUGGGUGGGCCAUCCUGCAGGCCCCGCCCCUGCCCAUGCUGGUUGGAGAGACAAUGACCCUGACGUGUCGUGUCCGUAACAACCCCAAACUGACAGAGGUCAUACUCUACAAAGAUGGGGUGGAGCUUCAGAUACAGCGUGGCCCAGAGCUGUGUGUCACCAACCUUACCCUGCAACACCACGGAUCCUAUUGGUGCAGAGCAUCCUGGGAUGGAAGGAGGGAAACCAACUCUGUAAUCUCAAUGGCUGCUCCAGUGUCCAUCAUAGAGGUUCUGACAGAGCCCAUGUUGGAGAUUGUGCCCAAUGACCCUCUGAUCCAAAAAGACCGUAUGCUCCUGGUGUGUCACGUUCAACUGAACGCCCGUCAGCCGAUUCCACACAUCCACUACUACUUCUACCAGGACGGGCUGAGUCUCGGGCCUGCCUCUUCCCAGGACAAAGUCACAGUACUGAGGGACUCAGGCCAGUACUGGUGCAAAGCCAGCGUUCCUACUCUGGGCCUGAAGAGGCUCAGCGAGCCCUUAGGUUAUGGGCGAGUGACAAGUAAACACUCAGAACACAUGAGAAACCAGAAAUGAAUAGUAGUCCCCCUUUAGGAUGCGUCAUAAUGUUGACCAGUGGCGUCAGUUCAGUUAAACCUAGGUUAUGGCAGGGUGGGGGGGACUGCUUCUCUCUGAACAAUGCUCCGCAUGGUCCUAAAGCCAGCCAAUCAACAUGCUAAACAGCCGUUGCAUUUUAAUUGGGAUUGGAAGGAUUUUAGUCUACUUUUUUGUAGCCUACUUUUAUAUUUUGGGUCUUGAGCUAGGAUACGGCGACUGCCAUACCCUGACAUUCCCAACUGACGCCCUGAUGCUGACUGUGUUACCAGGGAAACAUCAGGGACCAGUUGUCUCUCUCCAGCCCAGAGCUCCAACUCCCCAGACCACCACCUCUAUCUAGCCUUCUAAGCCCCCUACCUUCCCCGAUGCAGCCAGUGAUUCUCCAAACACACUGUCCUGUGAUGUUGUUGUUUCAGAUGACGGGACAAUGGUGUGGAGGGACUUCUUUUGAACAAUACCAGAUCAAUGUACAUUAUCACUAUCAGUUUCAUAAUUAGACCCCUUUGAACCAAUUUAGUUGCAUCUCCAGUUUACCCAUUCAUAUGCCUCCAGAAUGUACUUGUGUUUUAUAACAUUCCUUAUCUAAAUGAAUUAAUUAAUUACUCAUUAAUAUAAUGUUAUUUGUCUUUUAAGUUGUGAAUGAAACAAUGAAUUGUAUUUGCACUGUUGAUUGUAAACUCAAUCCAAAUAAAUCCAGUCAAAGUCAAA